AUGAUCUUUUGUAAAGAUAAUAAGAAAAAAGAGUCAAACAAAAAAAUUAAUGUGUACAGAGUUGUAGAAGAUGAUAUAUGUUUGACUAAGAAUAAAAAAAUUUGGAAAGGAAAAUUAUUUUAUGAAAUGAACCUAUUAAGGUUCCUUCUUAGUAAAUCCAGUUUUGUAAUAGUUCUUUUUUUGUAUGUUUUUUUUGUACAAAGAUUUUAUAACUUAACAGAGAAGAAAGGAAAGAGUAGUAAGAAUGAAAGAGAGAGGUAUAGUGAUGCAGAGGAGCAUAGAGAUUCAAGAAAUUUAGCUGAACGUAUUGAUGUUCCAUUGCAAGAACAUUUAGAAAAUUCAAAGGAAGAAGAUGAACAUGGAUUUAGGAUAUUGUUACAGAAUAUGAAUCCUGAAUUUUCUCAUGAUGAAGAAGAAAAUCAUGUUAAUAAUAAUAAAUCAGAAGAAGAAAUAAAUGAUGAUAUUUUAAGAGCUUUAAAAAUACUUAAAGGUGUUGAAAAGACAUGGUAUGAAAAAUGUUUAAAAGAAAGAAUAAGAUACUGGGAAGUUAAAAGAUGUUUUUGGAAUGAUAUUGAAGAUAUUACUUGGAAUGAUUUAUAUUUUGGUCCUUUAACUAGAGAUAUGGAUAUUGAUUGGAAAAAAAAUAUUUGGAAUAUUUGGAUGGAUAAUGUUUAUAAACAAAUGUGGAAAGAAGAUAUGAAAGAUGCUAGACAUUUUAAAACGAGAAUUAAAAGAGCUUAUACUUAUCAAGAAAUUAAAAAUAGAUUUCAUCAAAAAGAAAAAGGAUUAAAUGAAAAAAAAGGAAAAAUUAUUAACCAGUGGAAUAUAUUUAUAACCAAAUGUGUAGAAGAAUGGAAAAAAGAAAAAACACGAAGAACAAAAAGGCAAAUACCUUUAUGUCUUGAACAUAUUAAAGGAAAUGGAUAUCCUAUAUAA